GUUACUCUUUAUUUUGUCUCGUUGCUGGAACUUGACUCAUUCUUGUGUUUAUUUAGUUGAUUUUUGAUCAAAUUUGAGUAGUUUUUUGUAUUUAAAAUAUAAUGAGCAAUCAAUAUAAAUGUUCUGUACAAUAAAAAGUGCAAAAGUUCAUGGAAAUAGCUUUAUUUAAGGGCUAUACUAAAACGUGUAUAUUAAUUUUCUAUAUUACAUUAUUUAAAAAAAAUAAAAGAAGUGUGAUAAGAAGAAAUUAUAACCUGACUGCCUACCUAGUCACUUGUCGUAGUAGAAAACGUCGUCACAUCGAUUGCUUUCGUGUAUUUUUUUUUUGUUUUGUUUUCUAAUUAUCUUCGCGUCUCAGCCGUGUACAGUGUUCUAACUUUGUGUUCUUCAAUUUUCCCGUGAAAUAAAAUUCCAAAAAUGUCAAACAAUAUUGACUUAUAUAAUGCCUUUAAAAAUAGAAACUUAGGAAAAUUUACGGAAGCGCUGGAAGUUCACGAAGCCGACCCAAACUAUUUUGUAGAGUCAAAAGGUCGAACAGUGUUUGAAAUUAUUUUAAGCACGCCCGGUUCACAUAGCUUUAUUAAAAAAUGCAUUGAAUAUGGUGCGGAUUUUUAUGUGAAAAACAGCAAUCAACAGUACCCGCUGCAUUGCGUAAUUGAAUCAAAGUGUAUUGAGAAUCUCAAAGAAGUUGAGAGUUUAUUUUCAUAUCGUGAUCUAAACGUAAACAGUUUGGAUUCAGCACAUAAAAUCAAAUAUUCACCAUAUGCAAAUGUUAAAGAUAGUAAUGGACAAAAUUGUCUUCACACAUUAAUCGAAUGCCUUACAAAUGACACAUAUGAAGUCAUAUUUCCUUUAAUAAAAAUUUUAUUAGCUCAUGGAUGUAAUGCAAAUCAUCCAGAUCGUGAACUUAAAACUCCUUUUUAUUUGGUGUUGGAAAAACUUCCACAACUGAAAAAUCGCAAAGAUGUCGCUGACUAUUUCAUUAAAAAUGGAGAUCUGGAUUUUUAUACUCACAGAAGCGAUGAAAUAAUUGAGCUGGUCAUGAACCAGAAAGUUAAAUAUUUAAAUGCUCUCCCAGAUAAGGAAGACUUUAUCGUAAAUUAUGAAAAUAUGAUGCAGCUACUAAUGGACGGUGAAAUUAAUAAAUUUGAAACGAAAUUUUUCUUUUUUAAAGACUCGUGUAUGGACAUGGAAGAAUAUAAAGAAAAUUGUUCUGCAUUUCUGGAAGCAGCUGUCGCAAAAUCAUUAAUUAACAUUGUUGAUCUACUAAUUGAUUAUGGAGUUGAUAUCAACCACGUGCACAAAUCAAGUAAAUACAAAAUUCCACCUCCAUUUAUAGCAUUUAAGAUUGUAAACGUUGGAAUCUUAAGAUCGUUCUUAUUACAUCCAGCGAUCAAACUUUAUUAUAUAAUGGAAGGCACUGAGACAGUUAAGAAAAAGACAUUCCUUCAUUCAUUCUUUGACGACCUCAAAAGUCGUUCAUAUUCAACAUAUAAAAAGUCAAACUUCAUAAAAGAAAUGACAUGUGAUCAAAAGAAGUGCUUCAAUCUCGUUCUACAGCACAAACAAUGUAAUCGCGAAUUAAUCAACGAGCACGAUGAAUUGGGUUUGCCUGCAAUAUACUAUGCAGUUCGAUAUAAAAUUGAUUAUAUUACCAUUGAAUUACUGAGAAAUGGAGCGUAUAUAGGAACAGUCAUUAAAAAUAUAAGAAAAAGUUUACUUGCUGACUUCUUUGAUAGCUGCAUAACAACAAAUGAUAAAUUUCAUGAUGAUGAAGAAUUAGAGAUAAGACUUAAUUAUGGAUUUUUGACACCAUCUCAGCCAAUUAUUGAUCAGAGAAAAUUCCGUAAAUUAGGUAACCAAGAUACAUAUUUGCCAAUAUCCCAAAAGUCACCAGAAGAUUUUGAAUCCCUAGUAAAAGCAUCAGAAAUGAAAUAUGCUGAGGAGAUGAAACCGUUAGGAAAGAUUGCAGAAAAGGCUGACCUUCAACGACUACUUAUGCAUCCCGUACUAUCAUCAUUCAUCUUACUCAAAUGGAAUAAAAUAAACUUCCUAAUCUACAUCAAUCUGGUGUUGAUCCUUAUGUACAUGUUUUCAUUCAUUCCAUUUAUUUUGUUAUCCCAAACAACACCGGAAGCAGAACGAGCUGGAAGUGUUAUGUACAAUUUAUUUUAUGUCUUAUCAUUCAUCAGCUUAUCACUCUUGAUUUUUCGCGAGUCAAUGCAAUUUUUCUUAUCAAUUAUACAAUAUGUACAAGCAAGUUCGAAUUGGAUAGAUAUGGCACUAAUAAUAUCAUCAUUAACAAUACUAUUAUUUCAAUGGCAAAUACCCAAUCACAUUUCACGUAUGUUACGCACUGUUAUUAUCUUAUUAGCAGUUGCUGAAUAUUUCAAUUUGCUUGGUCUUUUGCCACUUCUGUCAAUAUCACUGCACACAAAAAUGUUUAAAAAAGUUUGCACUACUUUUGUAAAGUCACUUUCAUUUUAUUCAGUUUUAAUUUUGGGAUUUGCAUUCAGCUUCUUUACAUUGCAUGGCGAUAAAUAUUCAAAAGAUUUAGAUAAACUGUUUAUACAUGGAGGAGAUAAUACAAGCAAUGCAUUGCCGCCAUUAAACGAGACGAGAAGUGAUAGAUACAACAAUUUUAACACAGUUGGAUUAGCUAUCAUUAAGUCAUUUGCUAUGCUGUCGGGUGAAUUAGAAGGGAGCUAUAUGCAUCAAGAAGGCUUAACAUACGGCGUACUUUUUCUACUUUUUCUCUUCCUCAUCACAAUAGUUCUCUAUAAUUUACUCAACGCUUUAGCUGUCUCUGAUACUCAGGAAAUUAAAUCUGAUGCGAGAUUGAUUGAUCUACAUCAACGAAUCUUAACAAUGCAGGAGACUGAAGAAGCUGUCUUUAAAAGAAAUUCCUACAUGGGUGAUUACUUGAAGAAAGUCAUAUCAAUGUUUCCAAAUACUGUUCCUGAUGGUUCGAUUUUAAUAAAACCAAACCGAAGUCGACACAUUUUUGUAAAUGAAACAGAACAAAUAAAUCUUAAUGAAUGGGCUCCGUCGCCAUUAAGUUUUCUUAAGAAGAAUGUGAAAAUUAAUGAAGAAAUUGUGCAUGACAUUCUAAAGCUUCUCGAGAAAAAGCGUGAAGAGAGAACGGUUAAUGCAAUAAGAAAACUGAAGGAGAAUCGCAAUGAAAAGCUAGCAAAUGACAUCAUAAAAAUUAACGAAAUGUUAAGUGAUAUUCAAACGAAUAUCAUCAAGUUACAAUCUGAUGUUUAUAGUCUUAAGAAACGUGUUAAUUUGUAAAUAAUCUCAAAUAGAAUGAUAAUCGCAUUAAUUUUUUAAACGGGUGACGAGAGCAACUUUUCUUGGAAAAUUCAGUUGUCGAUUAAAGUAUAAUAUAAUGUCUUUAUACAGCAAGCUUGCCUUACGAAUUACACAUUCUAUGAAAUAGAUUUUCCUAGUUCAUUUAAAAAUCUCCAAACAAGAGCUCAAAGUAGACAUGAAUUUGAAGUCUAGCUCAGCAUAGGUGCUUCUAGCUCGAUCCUUACCCCAACCCUUUCAAUAGGUUUUUUCUGUCCCAAUUAAAUUAUUAAGAUGACAUCCAAUAAAAAUAUUUAAAAUUGGCUAAGCCAUAAAAAGUGAUAACUGCAACUGAAUUGCUUCUUGAAUAAAAGCUCUGAAAAUUCUAAGCACAAUAAUAAUUAUAGCUAAAUGGUGAUGGUCUAAAAAUAGGAAUAUACGAGAUGUUGGUUGAUAUAAUUACAAAAUUUAAAACUCUUUCAAUUCUCUCAAUAAAUUGAAACUAUU